UCAACCAUAUCCUCGAAUAUAUCAAACCGGCUAUAUCCAGUAAAAUAAACCGCAUUGGCUUCUGAGGCGAUGGCGGCAAUCGUCUUCACGCCAAAUCCCUUAAAAGAAUAAACCGGCUGAUCCGGUCAUUUCUAUCAAGUUUUUUCACCGCUCUCUUCCCCCACGUUUUCCUCUCUUUCACCGCCCUUUGAUAUUCUCUCAAAACUCUUCGAUCCUUAUUUUUGUUUGCUCUCAAAAGCAUCUGUUAUUAAUUUCCUGUGAGGUAGAGUUGAAUGACAGGAGCUAGAGGUAAGGGUGCUGUGAAGCCUCCUGAGGAUAGAAAGGUUGGGAAGCGGAAGGCCCCUGUUGAUAGAAGCAGCAUUCGGAAAGCUAAGAAGGAGAAAAAGGCUAAGAAAGACCCCAACAAACCAAAGAGGCCUCCUAGUGCUUUCUUCGUUUUCCUCGAGGAGUUUAGAACUACAUUCAAGAAGGAAAAUCCUAAUGUGAAGGCUGUAUCAGCUGUUGGAAAAGCUGCGGGAGAGAUGUGGAAAUCCAUGUCCGAGGAAGAAAAAGGCCCUUAUGAGGUCAAAGCACAAAAAAGGAAGGCUGAAUAUGAAAAACAAAUGAAGGACUACAACAAGAAACAGGAAAUUUCUGCUAAUGGUCGGGAUGCUGAAGAGGUGAAUGAUGAAGAGAAUGAGGGUAGUGGAGAGGAGGAGGAGGAGGAGGAUGAAGACGAAGAUUGAAGGGCAAUGGUUGAUUUGGACAUAAAAUAUGAUUAAACAUAGCGGAAAGGUUCUACUUUUUGUAUGCUAAUACUUGUAGGUCGCUUUGUACCAUAGCAUAAUGAUGUUUUUGUAUCUUUCUCGCUUUUAUCCAGUAUAUAGUUGCUGACAAGAUGAAACAUAUUCUAGUGUAUCAUGUUUUCCUCUGUUGGACAAUUAUGCGCUAUAAAACAGCCCAAUUGUUGA